GCUGGUGCCGCUGCCGCCGCCGCUGCUCAUGAUCAUUAUUUUACCUUUUAAUUCUUUUUUUUUCCGCUCUUGCCAAAUGCUUUGGCUCCAAGUUUCCUAUGUGUAUCUAUUGAUAUAAAUGUAUAUAUUUAUUUAUUCUAGCUGUCAGGUGUUAAAAUAAAUGCCGAAGAUUAGUCCCACGUCUCUCCCACUCUAGGAUAUAGAUUUUUAUAUAUUUAUUAUUUUAUUCUUGUUGUCUUUGAGUGAAUCGGCCGGUUUGGGGAGGCUUUUGCCACCCUCCCUGGUGUUGUUUUGGUUUUGGAAAAGGAGGUGGAGGAGAGGAAGGAGGGGAAUUAGGGGGCGGCCGGAGCCGAGAGGACGAGACAGUGUUUUGGGGGGGUGCUCCGGGCAAGUCUGGGGGCUGUCUGGCCCCAGACGACGGAGAGGACGCGCGCUCGCGCUCUCGCUCUUUCUGCUGCUGCUUGCGUACGGCUUGUGAUCUCGCUGGAUUCGGGCGGCUGUGUUUUUUCCCUCUUUUCUCGCUUGCAAACUGCCUUCCUCGCUCCCUCGCUCCUGCCUCCCCUUCCCUCCCUCCCUCCUCCUCUCCCUCGCCUCUCCUUCCUUCUCCGCUCCCGUCCUUCUGGGUGACUCCGGGAGACGGGGAGGGAGGCUGCCCGCUCGCUCGCCCCGCUGGCUCCCUUCCAUCGGCCUCGCUCCUCUAGAUUCCCUGCCUCCGAGCCGAGAUUUGGGAGGAAAAAUGCAAGCGAACUCCUCGGGUUUUGUUUUUCUCUCCCCCCACCUCCCCAUAAACCCAGUUGAAGUAUCGUUUCUACUAUUUCCUUUUAGAGCCGCGAUCUUCCUAACGAGAUCCGAGUGUUUUGGUGUCCCCUUACCCUGUGUUUUGGGGGAGGUUUAGCUUGCCUGGGGGCGGGGAUGUUGAAUACUUUGAAAAUUAUUCUUUCAUGUUGCAGUCGAGGGAGUCAGGAACCCCGCUCCACUCCCUCUCCCCAUCCCGAGGAGAGCGGCUGGUGGCGGGACAGGGAUUUGGGGGGUGGGUGGCAAAGGGGUGCGCGUUUGCACCUGCGGUGCCGUUUAGCGUGCGGGGACUGCGGGAACCUUCACCGGACGGCCCAGACGAGCGGGAAGGUGGCGGGAUUUCUGGCGGUCGCGGUGUUUGUGUUUUGGGCGCUGCGUGACUCGGUGUUAGCUCCCAAUGGCUGUUCCCCGCCUCUCCUAAAUUUUGUCUUAUUUUUUCCCAUCGUGCGAGCAUUGUAAAAAGACAACUGCCAGCCGGAGAGUAGCCGACGUCAGGCUUCAGAUUCUCGAGGUCCUUGCACUGGGCGAGGGGAAAAACAAACAGCCCCAGCCCGCGUUCCUACGUGCAAGACCCGGGAGGAGAGAAGGGCACUCUGUGGCUCUGGGUGGGGGGCCUGGCGCGGGAGAAGGGGGCGCGGGCGCGAAAGGGAGAUCUUUGUGAGUGAUUUUGCAAAAACGGAUUGCGAGGUUGGUUGGAUUUGCAACCUGUGGCUCUCCUGGAGGGAGUAGGAAUGGGGGAAGGCGGCGGCGGCGGCGGCCCGGGGCGGGAGCGGGUGGGGAGUUGGAGCCUCGGAAAUCGGCUGGGCUCUUGGGCAGCGGGAGCUAGGGGCCACCCCGCUGCGGGAUGUAGUGACCGUGGUCAGUGUCUUGAGAACUGUGGAUUGCGUUGCCUUUAUGAUGCUGUGUUAUUGGAACUCUGGCGAAAAAUGAACUAGUGUUACAAUAAUGAGUUUUAAAACUCUCCCAUGGAAAACAAAAACACAACCCAAUAGAUUUUAAAAAGGAAGAAAGAAAGAAAGAAAGAAAGAAAGAAAGAAAGAAAGAAAGAAAGAAAAGAAAAGUCCUUUCUAUAGGGUGCCCCUUUUUGCAAUGGUUAAGACUUGGUGGUGAGGGUCCAGACUGCUGAACAGGGAGAAAAACCCCAAACAGGAUACCGAAAGUCCAGAGCUGUUACUGGGUCCCUCACAGAUGAUCACAGAAAGCUGGACAUCCCCAUCACCACCACCACCAGCUACAGGAAACUAAUUUAAUUUUUUAAUGGAUUUUUUUUUCCAUUCAGGUUAUAGUUUCCAGGAGGAAAAUCUUGUCACUCUUUACUUUUUCUAAGUGUCAAUACAUGCAUUUUUUUCUGUCCAAAAAAAAAAAAAAAAAAAAAAAGUGGGGCAGGACAGAGGGAACCAGGGAAAGGGCUGUUUAGAAAUACAGUUUGUGGCUCUGAGCGAUGCCACCGGCUUCCUCUACAGAGACUGUCAGUUUCCCUUUUUCUUUGCAAGGUGUGUGUGGUUUUAAUAAAUAACUUUAAAAAAUAAGAGGGGGGCCGGCAAGAUCUGUCAGGAGACAGGUAUCUAUUUUGCUCACUAUUUACUACCAAGAGCCUUUGGCACUGGAACAGAACCUCGUAAAUCUGCAGCCCAAGUUGAAGUUCAUCUGGCCCUAGUCCACACGCUAUUCCUGGAGGUAGCAAACAUGAGCUCAAAGAAAUGAGGUGAAAUCACAUUCUUGCUUUAAAAUAUAUACCUUUUUUUUUCUUUUUAAGGAGAAAGGAUAUUGUCUCAGAGGGGAGGAGGAAAUGGAAAGAGUGUGCCAGAAGAUGGGCAUUCCCUUGCUAAAUGGCUGCAGUUGAGUCCUCAGGCUGAAAUAGAAACCUGUAGAUGGGAAAUAUUUCCCCCUCCCCCCACUUAUAAAUAGAAGUUUCCAAUAUCCUAUUUGGAAGACUCUCCAAUACUGCAGGCCCAAGCGCUGGCUGGUUUUAAGGGUCCGUUGAUAGUGACAAUAAGGCCAGAAGCUGUUGGUAAACGGGGCAGCUUGAAGGAGAAGGAAGCCAGAAGAGGGAAUUCUCCAAUUGGCCUUUUCGUCUGUGCUGUUCUGAAGGGUUUUACCCCCAUGCUUUCUUGAAAAGACUCUCCAAUUUAUUCUGGGUUUGGUGGACAGGAAUGGGACUCAAAACUCUUAAGCUGUCGUUUGCUGAGCCCUGAAGAGUUCCAGUUAUUGGUUGAGUAAAAGGGUAGCCAGGACUAGAUGUCAAAAUCCUUCCUUCCCUCUCUCCCCUGCCCGGUAGCCACACUCACAACCCACUUUAUUGUGAAAAACUUAGAGAUUCGGAGGUGGUGGUGCGGCAGCGCCACCCCUCGGUGGAUGAAACUCUAUUUGCGAAAGUCAAAUAUUUGGAAAACAUUGUGAAAUGACCUUAUGAGGAUUUUUUUUUCUUUAGUAAAAGGAGAUAAAACUACCUUUAAAAACAAAAAGGACUUUGUAGUAGAUCUCUCAAAUGGGGAGGAAGAGAGUUGCUUUCCAGCUAGGAUACUGUCAUAACAGGCAAAGAAGUUCGAGUGUGUGUGUGUGUGUGUGUGUGUGUGUACGCGCGCCCGCGGAGGGUCGCCUAGUUGGCUUUUAGGUGAGUUCUCCUGACGGAGGUAGCCUCCUUCCCCCUUGGACUUGACUUCUCAGAGCACCUGAAUUCUGUUGCCAGUCUGACACUGACAGAAGGAGGAAUGUCUUGGUGUAAAAACAAACCAGUGAUUGGAAGUCCUGCAGUUUUGCUGGCGGUGAUGGUGGUGGUGUAUAUGGGGGCUGGGCUGGGGACGCAGGUUUGUGGACGGCGUGGGGGCAAUGGUAGGCCAGUCGAGCAGGGUUUGGAGCUCUCUGGGAGUUGAAAUAGUGUGGCGCGUGCCGGUUUCCUGCACUGCGCAACAAGUGGGAAUGCCGCCGCAGUGAUCCGGCCGGGGGUGCUGUGUUGUGGUGAAGCUGGCCCUUUUCUCUUCUUCCCACUCACUGGAAGCCAGUAAUGGCUCUUCCCCGUCCUCCCAGCCUCCCAGCCUGUGACCAGCAGCCCCACCAAAAGACCAUAAUUCGGUGGGGUCUUUGGCCGAGAGCUGUAAGCCUGGGUGGAACCCUGUCCUUGGCCUCCAGGGCCCCUUUUCUCCGUGGGGAUCAGGAGUUGAUUCCCGGGUCGACCAGUAUUUGGCAAGAAACUCUGCUAAUACCUUCGAGUUCCACUCUGCUUUUUGAAGACAAGCGCUCCCUUUCCUCCCUUCUAAUAUAUUCAGCCCUUCCGGCUGGAAAAAAAAUCACCGUAUAAUUUGUGAACGCAGCUCCAGAUACCGUGUUGUGGCUGCUAGAGGAGUGCGCAUCGGGAAGAAGGAAUUACACCCAGUAAAUUAAAUGUUUUGCAGAGUUGCUUAUAGAGGCAACCUCCUCCCCCUAACAGAUCAAAAAAGAAAGAAAGAAAGAAAGAAAGAAAGAAAGAAAGAAAGAAAGAAAGAAAGAAAGAAAGAAAGAAAGAAAAGGAAAGAAAGAAAGAAAAAAGAAAAAGAAAAGCCGGGGGGCAGUCGGUUGUGGAAGGCUGCGGAGGCGCGGUAAUUUUCGAACGUACUGAGUCUGCCACCUAGUGGUAGAUCGUAGCCGAGUUCCCCGUCUGGGGCGGUGGGCAGCCCCUGUCACCUUCGGGUCUCCCAAGUAUCCCCAUCAGGUACUAGGACUGACAGAGGAGGAGACCAUCCAGUGAGGAUGACAUCCGGCCUCCAAAGUUUUGGUAAGAUGGAUGGAGAUUAGGAAUCCUCCAGGUGCUUGUCCUGUCCACGGUCCCCCAGCGAGGGGCAUCAGCCUCCACUAAGAGAACCUUAAGAUAACCCGCAUUGAAUACACUAUCUCUCUGUCUCCGUGGCUUCUCCCUGGGUGAAGUGUGGGGGGUGGCGGGAAGCCUUGGGGGCUCUAGGACAUAAAGCUCUUGACAACUGAGGAAACAGGCCUCAUGAGGGUGGUCUGUUGCCGGUGAGUUAGUACCCUAACUGGGACAGAUUUUUUACUUUCUGAAUUCCAGGUCAGUGACUUAAAUAAAGUCAAAGGCGAGUUUAUCUCUGCUCCUUUGGAGUACCUAAGAGAAAGCAGCAGCAGUGAGAUCCAUGAUUUUAAUGUCUCAGGUCAGCGUAGCUGGAAACAGUUACCCAGGUGCCUUGGAGGAGUUUCAGAAAGUAUGGCAUAAGAUUUUCAGUGACAGGUACGGACAGCCUAAUGUACUGAUGAGGGUGGCGGUCUCAGAUCUUGAGGAGGGUGCUUGUGUUAGCGGGUGAUUAGGUCCCAGUCCCUAGACUUGCAGAGAUGUACCUCCCUGCGCCCCAGGCUCGCAUUUGGAUACUGAAAUAACUCUCUUCCCCUUCCUUCCACGCUGCUUAGUGUGACUUGACCAGAAAUCAGUUGUGGAGGGGGGUGAGGAAGAUGGCAGGGGGGUCAUAUGGACAAGCAGGGGGGGUAAUCCCUGUAGAAUUUUGGCCACAAUAGUUUCUUCUUAAGCAAAGUUUUAUUUUCUUGGAGCUGAAAACUUAAGAUGGCAAAGCGCGCGUACGGGUGCCGGCGACCCCUAGCGACGGCCGCCGGCGACGCACACCCGCGGGAGGUGCUGCCGUCUCCACCUCCCUGGUCCUAGGAAAUCGAGUUCAGCCUCUCCCACUGCGGGAACUGUCGGAGGCCGCGUCGGAGAAACGCGUCUCUGUUCGGGUUGGAAACGAAUCUGGGGAUGUGUUUGAAGAGCGGUCAAGUUUGACUCAUCGCUUUCCAAGGACAGUUAGUGCCUUCCAUCUUCAUUAAGGUGAAUAAAGACCUUGGCUGACUUCUGUCCAGAUCGGAUUUUUAAAGGCAUUGUUUGCUUGGGGACAUCAUGCCGCUCCCCUCCCCCGGCAGCCUUUUUGCAAAGGCAGAGCCCAGUCCAGCCUGGGUGACCGAGAUAUCUCUGCUUAGGGACGUAGUUUGUUGGCAUUGUCUGCCGGCUCUUUCUGGAAGGCUGUCGCGAGCUGGGCGCAUGGGGAGCGUCCCUUCUGCAGCUCCUCUUCAGAUCUUGAUGAUAAAACACAUCCCUCUAUUUUAUUGCAUUUCCUAGAAGCUUGCAGGCUUCAAAGAGCGCUGUUGGCAGGAAACGUGAUAGAAAUAAAGUCAGGACAUAAUGUCCCCGAACACCUCGGUCAUCCAAAGCGCCUGCCGAGGCUACCGCGUUAUCAAAUUCGCUUUCAUUUAUUGUCUGCUCCACUCUCCCGCCCCCCAGUCAAGAGAGCGAACAGUGUUUCUCCCUUAAAACGAAAACAAGCGCGCGGUUUAACCCCACCCCCUAUCGCUGGACCACUGUGGCUAAACUGGAGCAGCCAGUUAGCUGAGAAGCUGCGCGGAAAGGGAGCGCUUGGGCAAGAGCCCUGAUGCUGGUUUCACUACGGCAGCUCCAGCUUUAAUUAAAAUUCCUCGUCCCCCCCCCCGCCCCGCCCCAAACAGUGCGUUGCACUUCCAGAUUCUCCUUUGGAUUUCUCAGAGAGUUAUUGGUGUUAUUAGAUUACCAAUAAUCCAAAGGCCGGCCGGGAUAGAGAAAGGUGGGGGUGGGGUGGGGAUGUGAAAGGCAUUCUCCAAAUCUGGAGCCUGUGUCUAAAGUAGGUCAAUGGGAAGGAGAGGCGGGGCUACAUGGAUAUUGUCGGUUUCUAGCCUUGAUGGAGGGCUCUCUCUAGUGUCAGGCAGCGGUAAAACAUGAUUAGGUUUUAGCUCCCGGAACCACGGGACUCCUAAUUUCCAAUAAGUGCAUGUACUUAAUUUUAACUUCCCUUCCUAGAUACUCACCCCAUUCCAUAUUAAAUUUCAACCUUCGCUUUCACCUUUAUUCCACCGGGCGAAGGGAUGAGAAAGCCUCCAAGUAAGAUUUUAUGAGGCGGACGAGGCCCAGUCUUUACCUACCGCCCAGACCCCGCCUCCGCCGCUGAUGGGAUGCGCGACGCAGUGAGAGACCACCCGCGGGUUUUAGGAGAGUACUGUGGCCUCAGGGGCUACGUCUUUCGUGCCUCUCGCCCCGGAAAAUUACUCUCGGAGCCCACUACUAGGACCAAUUAGGAGAGGGCGCCCAGGGGUUAUAAUUCCGAGGAAGGCCAUGAGAAAGCUAAGCAAUCCAGGAGCGCGCCCAUGCGAGCGCUGGGGUCAGCGCCCCGGUCCCUGCGCAAUCCUAACCGCGUCUCUACGAGUUUCGGAGAAAUCGGAUUCCGAAAUCCCGAAACCUAGCCAGGUUUGGCCUGGCAGCUCCUAUUCUAAAGACUUUGGGCGGAAACCGAGCUGAGCAGGGUUCCCCUACUUGCCAACGUAGGCGGAAGGGGCUUUCGGUUUGGUUUUGCUCCAGGUCGGCUGGUGCGCACUGGCUGGAGACCCUCAGUCCUAGGGACUCCCAUCUUUCUACUUUGACGCCUGGCCUAUAACCAGCCCCUUAAGGGGGGGGGCGGGGGGGGUGGAGCAAGCAAAAAGAGAGAAAGGGAAAAAAAAAAGAGAAAAAUAAAUAAGUAAAUGACGCACCAGGCAAACAAACACCAGAAUUAGGCAAUUCUAAGUCCUGAAAUGAGUUUCGGAUUGGACCCGAAUUCCUGGGUUCUGGACCGGCUCUGCUACUCACUUGCGCGACUUUCCCCAUGUAUAAAAUUUUUGUGGGGGAAGGGUUGGACCGCGUGAACUCAGAAUCCUGGAUCGGGCGCCGGCGAGGGAUUUAGGGGAAAGUGUGCCUAUUCCCCGCGAGCCUCCCUGGGCGGCCCCCCCUCCCCGGGUGAAUCCCCGGCGGCCCUCGCGCCGCAGGCAGCGAUCCUGGCGGCCGUCGGGGGCCGGCAGCUUCCUGGAAAGUUACUUCUCGUUGGAAACGGCGAUAGGCAGAGAGUGUUCUGUGAAAUCCGCUGAGCUGAGAUCGACUACGUUCCGGGAAUGAGAGGGCUGUGCCAUUCCCCUCACUGCCCACUGCCUUGACGGCGUAACAGGAAAAAAAAAAAAAAAAAAAAGGCACACACAAUGUUAGCUACCGAAGUGUACGAAACGUUUUAUUUGAAUGUAACCAAAUUAAAGGUUGCCACGAUCUCACCACGGGGCCUCCGACGCGCCUGCGGGGGCUUCGAGGCAGAUGGGCCGCGGCGCCCGCAGAACGCCGGGGGUGGGCGGUCCCUGGCGGGCAGGUACGGUAAGGUCGGGGUGGGCGCAUCUGCCCGGGCUUGCUGUGGCGCGCAGGGCUCCGGUUUGUGCCCGUGUGAGCCUGUGAGAGGAAGCGCAGUGCCCGCCGAGCGGGAGAGACAGGGAAAGGGUGGAUGGGGGCUUUCGUGUUGGCUCACUCUCUCUCUCUUAACCUGGCUCUCGUUCUUUUCUGCCCUCCUCUCUUGUCUCUCCGCCUUCUCCUUCGGGUGCCUUCUCUUCCCUCUCUGCCUUUUGUACAGGGAGAGGGUCCCUCGUUUUUCUUCUCCAGCUCCUCUGAAAGAUCUGCCUUCUCCUCAAGGUGCCGAAUUGAAAAUCCCGAGGAAAAGGCAGAGGAGAGAAAGUGUGUGGGUGGAAAGACAAUAUUUAGGUCUCACUUCGUGGUUACUGCGGCUGGGGCGGGGUAGGGGUGGGGGGAGCCCACGUCUGGGCCCUUGCAGUUGUCAGUUUCUCUUUGACAGCCCUGUUCUUUUGGCGGUUGUUUCUGUGUAAUGAGUAUUGUGUGUGGCGUCCAUGGGAUUCCUGCUGAAGCUUAGUAAGACAGAGUUUGUCCAGGACUUUGCUGGAGAUUAGCUUUCAGUCUUGGGCAAGGCUUAUCCCAUGAAGCGUCGGUGGCCUCCCCAGUAAAUCAGGGCUGUUAUAAAGAUCGCAGACGAUGAUGGAUGGGGAAGGCCUGAGUGGUCUGUAGGAAACAAAGCAGCUGCUAGGGGUCCUUCCACACUUGUGGCAAAUAGAGGGAGGCAUGGCUUCCCACAUCCACCUUAACACGCACUCACUAGCUGUGAGGUCCCCUAAGAUAGACCCAGCUGAAGAAGAGGUGGGCUUAAUAAGGAUGUGAGCCUCAGUGUACGUGCGUUUGUUUUUGACCAAGCCAGGCAGAGGUUUAGGACGAAAAGUGCCCAGCCCCAGGGCCUGGCUGGCAGACCCACCCCCACCCCACCCGCAGGGGGCAGGAGGUGGGAAUGUGUUGUUUGUUUGCUUCGAUCUGCAUAUGGAGUGAGUCAUUGCCACUUGUCAAGGUGAAAUGGCAGAUCUGGGCUUCCUGUGGUUCCAAAAAUCUGUGAGUGGAAAUCCACAAGCGAGCUGGUGGUUGAAGCUGGCUAAAGGAAAGCCUUAGAUAUUCCAGAAGUGUUCAGGGAUGUUCUGCACCGGGGGAAGAGAAGACGGUUUGUAAAUGAACCUCUCACGCGUCUCCAGUGUUCUUUUUCAACAGAGACAAUCAUUGAACUUUGGUUAGGACAGUUCAGUGUAUUUCUCUUUGCCCGUCUUGAGUUAGGAUGGGGAGAGGAGGAAAUAGGUUCUUUCCUCUCCUUCUUUUCCUCUCCCUUCCCCCACUCCCUUCCCUUAUCCUCACUCACUCACAUGCACACACUAACCUUGAAGCCGAUGGGAUUGAGUGACUGGCACUUGGGACCACAGAGAAAUGUCAGAGUGUUUGGUUACAGACUCAAGGAAACCUCUCAUUUUAGAGUGCUCAUUUGAUUUUAAGCAACAUUUUGGACUGUGAAUCAAGGCAUUGGGUGAAGACAAAAUGGCCUCGCCGGCUGACAGCUGUAUCCAGUUCACUCGCCAUGCCAGCGACGUGCUUCUCAACCUUAACCGCCUGCGGAGCCGUGACAUCUUGACCGAUGUUGUCAUCGUGGUGAGCCGCGAGCAGUUCAGAGCCCAUAAGACAGUCCUCAUGGCCUGCAGCGGCCUGUUCUAUAGCAUCUUCACAGACCAGUUGAAAUGUAACCUGAGCGUGAUCAACCUGGAUCCUGAGAUCAACCCUGAGGGGUUCUGCAUCCUCCUGGACUUCAUGUACACGUCUCGGCUCAAUCUGCGGGAGGGCAACAUCAUGGCCGUGAUGGCUACGGCUAUGUACCUGCAGAUGGAGCACGUUGUGGACACUUGCCGGAAGUUUAUCAAGGCCAGUGAAGCCGAGAUGGUUCCUGCCAUCAAGCCUCCCCGUGACGAGUUUCUGAAUAGCCGGAUGCUGAUGCCCCAAGACAUCAUGGCCUAUCGGGGUCGUGAGGUGAUGGAGAAUAACCUGCCGCUGAGGAACGCCCCUGGGUGUGAGAGCAGGGCGUUUGCCCCCAGCCUGUACAGCGGCCUGUCCACCCCGCCAGCCUCUUACCCCGUGUACAGCCACCUCCCGGUCAGCAGCUUCCUCUUCUCCGAUGAGGAGCUGCGGGAUGCCCGGAUGCCCGUGGCCAACCCCUUCCCCAAGGAGCGGGCCCUCCCCUGUGAUAGUGCCAGGCCCGUACCCGGCGAGUACAGCCGGCCGGCCAUGGAGAUGCCCCCCAGUGUGUGCCACAGCAGCAUCUACUCGCCCAAGGAGGCCGCCCCGGAGGAGGCACGCAGUGACAUGCACUACGGCGUGGCCGAGGGCCCCAAGCCGGCUGCCCCCUCGGCCCGGAAUGCCCCAUACUUCCCCUGUGACAAGGCCGGCAAGGAGGAAGAGAGGCCCUCCUCCGAGGAUGAGAUCGCCCUGCAUUUCGAGCCCCCCAGUGCACCCCUGAACCGGAAGGGUCUGGUGAGUCCGCAGAGCCCGCAGAAGUCUGACUGCCAGCCCAACUCGCCCACGGAGUCCUGCAGCAGCAAGAACGCCUGCAUUCUCCAGACCUCCGGUUCACCGCCGGCCAAGAGCCCCACCGACCCCAAAGCCUGCAACUGGAAGAAGUACAAGUUCAUUGUGCUCAACAGCCUCAACCAGAAUGCCAAACCAGAGGGGCCCGAGCAGGCGGAGCUGGGCCGCCUUUCCCCUCGAGCCUACACCGCCCCGCCGGCCUGCCAGCCGCCCAUGGAGCCCGAGAGCCUUGACCUCCAGUCCCCAACCAAGCUUAGCGCCAGCGGGGAGGACUCCACCAUCCCACAGGCCAGCCGGCUCAAUAACAUCGUCAACAGGUCCCUGACCGGCUCCCCCCGCAGCAGCAGCGAGAGCCACUCGCCUCUCUACUUGCACCCCCCCAAGUGCACAUCCUGCGGCUCUCAGUCCCCGCAGCACGCAGAGAUGUGCCUCCACACCGCCGGCCCCACAUUCCCCGAGGAGAUGGGGACCCAGUCUGAGUACUCGGAUUCUAGCUGUGAGAACGGGGCCUUCUUCUGUAACGAGUGUGACUGCCGCUUCUCUGAGGAGGCCUCGCUCAAGAGACACACGCUGCAGACCCACAGCGACAAACCCUACAAGUGGGACCGCUGCCAGGCCUCUUUCCGCUACAAGGGCAACCUCGCCAGCCACAAGACCGUGCAUACGGGUGAGAAACCCUAUCGCUACAUCUGUGGAGCCCAGUUCAACCGGCCAGCCAACCUGAAAACCCAUACUCGAAUCCACUCUGGAGAGAAGCCCUACAAAUGCGAAACCUGUGGAGCCAGAUUCGUACAAGUGGCCCACCUCCGUGCCCACGUGCUCAUCCACACUGGAGAGAAGCCCUAUCCCUGUGAAAUCUGUGCAACCCGUUUCCGGCACCUUCAGACUCUGAAGAGCCACUUGCGAAUCCACACUGGAGAGAAACCUUACCAUUGCGAGAAGUGUAACCUGCAUUUCCGUCACAAAAGCCAGCUGCGUCUUCACUUGCGCCAGAAGCAAGGCGCCAUCACCAACACCAAGGUGCAGUACCGUUGGUCCGCCACUGACCUGCCCCCGGAGCUCCCCAAGGCCUGCUGAGCAUGGAGUGUUGAUGCUUCCAUUCGAGUCCCUUCUCAGAAAUCUACCCAAAGGAUACUGUAACACUUUACGAUGUUUCAUCCCAUGACG